ACUCGGCUAACUGUCCUUGUAUAAAUUAAAAGGAUCUUCGAAAGAUAAAUUUUUAGACACAAAAGAAAAAUAUUCACUAUAAUACUCUAAUUUUUUAGCCAUAAACACAAGCAAUGACUCUGGAUUUUGACGAAGCCCUAACGCUCAUUCACAGCCAUCAAAAACUCGACAGAGAUCGGGGUUUGGACCUUUUAAAACGGAAUUUACACGAAAGCAUUAAAGGCGCAGAAAGCGAUGACAUAAUUGUUAACUUACGAAGCAAAAUUCUUGCUUAUAUCGAGCCAUCGUCAGCAUCGACAUGGGAGAUGCGACAAGGAGGAUUGCUGGCCGCGAAACUUAUAGUUUGUAGCAAACUGACGGAUGAAAACUUUGUUGAAACCAUACGAUUGCGCGCGAUGGUUUUGACACAUGAUAACGAGGCCAGAGUGCGUCAGGCUGCUGGUGAGGUUUUAGGUGUUUUGUGUCAAGAAGUUGGUGCAAUUGUCUAUGAGAAAUGCUGUGCAGAGUUACUGAAAAGUGUGGAGGCAAAUUUAGAAAGACAUAUCCCUGGGGAUAGCAUGUCAGAGGGGCAAUCAUUCACUGAAGAAGCUGUCCCUGUUGAUGUUGGAAAGAUGACUUCGAUAAAAAUUGUACAUGAAUCAGCUGGAUGGAGGCACCUAGAAACCAGCAUGAGAUGUUUGCAACAUGUUAUUGAAGGAUGUGGACCAUCAUUCAGUAAAUAUAUCACACCAGAACUACUAAAGCUUUUGUUUCAAGCCCUGGACCAUACCAAUAGAUUUGUAAGGGAAACUGGCUACCAAGUUUUUUCCUCCCUUGUGAGACUUGGAACAAGUAAAGAUUCGCCAACUUCGUCGACAUUAUCUUCCGAACAGGAGGCGGAAAACAGACAGUCCAUACUAAACUAUGGAGAUCAGUUGGCUGAUUAUCUCAGGAAAGGACUAGCAGAUAACUGGAGUCAGGUUCGCCUAGCAGCUUCGUGGGCAACGAGGUCCUUCCUGGUCACUCUUGGAGACAAUGAAACGAAAGAACAAUUUUAUCCCAAGUUGUUGCCACCAAUGUGUCUAAACAGGUACUACGUAGCCGCUGGUGUGAGGAUUUACUCUCAGGAAAACUGGAAGAUUAUCACUGGGAAUGAUGGCAAAAAACUUGUGGAGAAAUUUAUCAAAGAGACGGUUGAGUUUUACGUAAGUCAAACCAAAGCUGAUAAUCAUGCCGUGAGAGAGGCUGCCUGUGAGUGUAUUGCUGAACUGGGAAUUAAGGUCAGUCCUGAUGCCGUUCGCCCUCAUGUGGGUGUCCUCUUGGAAGCCAUGAUCGAAUGCUUUAAAGAUGAAGGCUGGCCUGUUAGAGAUGCCGCUUGCUUAGCCUGUGGUAAUUUCAUUCAAUGUUUUCCCGAAGAAUGCAAGCCAUCCCUGGAGACUUUAUAUGAAUUAUUUUUCACCAAUCUUUGUGAUAACAUUCCAUCAGUCAGACAAGGAGCGGCCGCUUCAUUGGCCAAUGUUGUUAAGACGUAUGGAUCAGAAGCGGUGGAAUUUGUGACGGAGAAAGCGAAGGAAAAGUUGAAAGCCGUUGAGAAACAAGAGCACAAUGACGACAGAUUCAGUGGUCUCGAAAAAGGCGCAGGGCUAUUCGGAGUUAUGAAGAGACAAAGAGAUAACGAUGUUGAGCUACAUUCCAAUCAAACGAUGUAUUCGUGUGGCUCUCUGGCUCCCAAGAUGGGUCGUGGAGGAUGCUCGAACAGUCAUUUCAAACGACCAUCACAGCCUUGGGAAAUCACAGACGGAUGUAUCUACCUUGUUGCUGAACUGUCCAAACUUCAAACGACACAGGAACAAAUUAAAGUUCUUAUUCCAUCCAUGGCUGAAACGACAAAACACAGACAUUACUCACAAUACCUUCAGUUAUACGAGUCUGUAUGCAAACAGCUCCCCGUUAUUGCCAAAGGUAUUGGAAAAAGAAGUUUCAAGAACUACUUGGAGGUUUUCAUAGAUAUGAUUUUUCACAGUUUGACAAGCGAGAAUGCGCUAACCUCAACAGCAGCGAACGAGUGCAUUCAAGAGUUGGCUACAAUCCUCGGUCCUUCCAUAUUGAGAGGAAGAGUUGAACUUUAUAAUCCCAGCUAUCUUACUAUCUUGGACAACCAUUUACACCAUUAUUAGAAAAAUGUUGGACAAGGUCAAGGUGUUUUGGGGCAAAAAAAAACAUCAAAACAAGCAUUGAAUAUACAAAACCGCUGAUCUCUAUUAGCAUUUUGAUUUGUACCUUUGCGUUAAAGUACCCAGAUGACUUGGAAAAUUUAAUACAGAGGCAGCACUCCAAACCCUGUAUUUUUGGGAUCACAGAAGAGCAAUUUGUUACUAAACUUAUUUUGUGUAAUAACAGUAUCUUAAAUGACAUUUAUUAUUACUAAUUAAUUGAUAAAUACCAUAUGUAUAAAUACCUAAAACUAUUUCCCUAGCUUAAAGAACAUUCAAGACAAAGACUGAUUCUGUCUGAUUUCACAUAGAU